CCCCCUGUGUCAAUAAUGUGCUAUUCAGAUUUGACCAAUUCUGAACAGUGUUUCUCUUUCCACAGCAUUUUGAGACUGACACUUAACUACGGAUAUCUUGUACAAUAUGAACAACAAGAGUUCCAAAACUACCUGGGGGCAGUAGCCACCAGAAAGAUCGCGGGAGGCGCACACCGGCACGGUGCAUCAUGGACGGUAGUUGCCGCAAAUAGAGUCCCGUCCACCAGAGGGCACGCGAGAAUUCGGCCGCGACCUCUGCCAGCGGAACAUCAACAACAACAACAACAACAACAACUCAGGCCGCAGGGGCCGUGCCCAGUAAAACCUUCCAACUUGAAUGAUGGCAGGAUUCUGGAAGACGGUUGGGCAGCUGUUCCUGGAAGAGAUGAUGAACCAAAUGGCAGAAAGUGUGUUCGAGAGCAUGGACCCCGAACAGGCCAGAGUUUGCCGACUGCUCUGGAGAUUGAGAGCUGCAAUUGCCAAGAUAAGUCUUACCGGGAGGCAAAUCGAGUGCUUCAUGCAGCAAUUGGCCCUUUUCUUAAAUAGUGACAAGGCCAACUUGGGCCAAGGUCUGCAGAUGAUUGUUGAAUCUGUGAUGGUGGCAAGGAACCUAUUUGAAGGGUAUGGAGAGGUUCUGGACCUGAUUGAUGAAAUUAAGAGAGAGUGGGAUCAUUACCAAGCUAGAAAUGGACUUCAGUGUGUUGAAAUCUGAAGGGUCUGUACUCAUUUAAUAAGAAACUUGAUUCAUUCCAUAGUCUACCAAUUCAUUUUUGUAUCCAUGAAUCCUGUUUGUAAAUUAAAAAAUCAGAAUCAGUCUUUCUUUA